CAUCAUCGCCGCCUCACCUCGCACACGCCCCCGGCCGGGCCCGGCCGCCACACCCCGACCGGCCCCCUCUAGCAUGGUGCGGGGCCGCCGCCGCCUCUUCCUCCGGCUGCCGACAUGGGCGAGAGGCUGGAGCUCAGGCUGAAGUCGCCCGUGGGAGCCGAGCCGGCCGUCUACCCCUGGCCGCUGCCCGUCUAUGAUAAACACCAUGAUGCUGCUCAUGAAAUUAUUGAGACAAUUCGGUGGGUUUGUGAAGAAAUCCCAGAUCUCAAGCUUGCUAUGGAAAAUUAUGUUUUAAUUGACUAUGAUACAAAAAGCUUUGAAAGCAUGCAGAGACUUUGUGACAAAUACAACCGAGCCAUUGAUAGCAUUCAUCAGUUGUGGAAGGGAACCACCCAGCCUAUGAAACUGAACACUCGUCCCUCCAAUGGGCUCCUCCGUCAUAUCCUGCAGCAAGUAUAUAACCACUCGGUGACUGAUCCAGAGAAACUGAACAACUAUGAGCCCUUUUCCCCAGAAGUUUAUGGAGAAACUUCCUUUGACUUAGUGGCCCAAAUGAUAGAUGAAAUUAAAAUGACAGAGGACGAUUUGUUUGUUGAUUUGGGCAGUGGUGUGGGUCAGGUGGUGCUUCAGGUGGCUGCAGCCACAAACUGCAAACAUCACUACGGAGUGGAGAAAGCUGAUAUUCCAGCCAAAUAUGCUGAGACGAUGGACAGAGAGUUCAGAAAGUGGAUGAAAUGGUAUGGGAAAAAACAUGCAGAAUACACACUGGAAAGAGGUGACUUCCUCUCAGAAGAAUGGAGGGAGAGAAUUGCAAACACAAGUGUUAUUUUUGUGAAUAAUUUUGCCUUUGGUCCUGAGGUGGAUCACCAACUGAAGGAGCGAUUUGCGAACAUGAAGGAAGGCGGGAGAAUUGUGUCCUCAAAACCUUUUGCACCUCUGAAUUUUAGAAUAAACAGUCGAAACUUGAGCGACAUUGGCACUAUAAUGAGAGUUGUGGAGCUAUCACCACUGAAAGGGUCUGUGUCAUGGACCGGGAAACCAGUUUCUUACUACCUGCAUACUAUUGACCGAACCAUACUUGAAAACUAUUUUUCUAGUCUCAAAAAUCCAAAACUCAGGGAGGAACAAGAGGCAGCUAGACGUCGUCAGCAAAGAGAAAAUAAGAGCAACACAACUACUCCAACAAAGGUUCAAGAAAACAAGGAUUCUGGUGCUGAAGAAGAAAAGGCUGGGGCAAAUUCUGUUAAAAAGCCAUCUCCCUCCAAAGCACGUAAGAAAAAGCUGAGUAAAAAAGGAAGGAAAAUGGCAGGUAGGAAACGAGGACGUCCCAAGAAAAUGAACACUGCAAAUACAGAGCGCAAGACCAAGAAGAACCAAACUGCACUAGAACUUCUGCACGCUCAAACUGUGUCACAAACAUCUUCAUCCUCUCCUCAGGAUGCAUACAAGUCACCUCAUAGUCCAUAUUACCAACUACCUCCUAAAGUGCAACGGCAUUCAUCUAACCAGCUACUGGUGACACCCACCCCACCUGCACUACAGAAGCUGCUAGACUCUUUUAAGAUCCAGUACAUGCAGUUCAUGGCAUACAUGAAAACUCCUCAGUAUAAAGCAAGUCUGCAACAGUUACUGGAGCAGGAAAAGGAAAAGAAUGCUCAACUACUGGGGACAGCACAGCAGUUAUUUACCCACUGCCAGGCACAGAAAGAGGAAAUAAAACGUCUUUUUCAACAGAAACUUGAUGAGUUGGGAGUUAAAGCUCUGACAUACAAUGACCUGAUUCAAGCUCAGAAGGAAAUUUCUGCUCACAAUCAGCAACUGAAAGAACAGACGAAACAGCUGGAGAAGGAUAACAGCGAACUCAGGAACCAGAGCUUACAGCUGCUGAAGGCACGAUGUGAAGAACUGAAGCUGGAUUGGUCAACACUGUCGCUGGAGAACUUGCUGAAGGAGAAGCAGGCAUUGAAGAACCAAAUUUCUGAGAAACAAAAGCACUGUUUGGAGUUGCAGAUCAGCAUUGUGGAACUUGAGAAAAGUCAAAGACAGCAGGAGCUCAUGCAGCUGAAAUCGUAUACACCGUCUGAUGAGUCACUGUCAGUACAGCUACGCAAUAAAAAUCAUUUGAGUCGUGAUCCUGAGGCUGAUCAUGGCAGGUUCCAGCUUGAGCUUGAAUGCUCUAAAUUUCCUAUGCCCCACAUCAAUGGCAUGAGCCCUGAACUGUCCAUGAAUGGCCAUGCUACUCCCUAUGAAAUCCAUAACACUUUUAGCAGGCCCUCCUCUAAGCAGAACACCCCUCAGUACACGACCUCUCAUCUGGACCAAGAAAUAGUUCCCUGUACUCCAAACCACAACAGCAGACAGAAGGCAGACAAGAUGACAAGCUUGUCCUUACCUGAUUACACCAGGUUUUCUCCAGCUAAAAUAGCACUAAGGAGACACUUGAAUCAAGACCAUGCAGUCAAUGGAAAAGCAACAACUAAUGAGAUACAGAGAGUUGAACAUGUAAAAGAGAAUGGCCUUACAUAUCUAAGCCCUGGUAUUUCAAAUGGCAUAAAGCUGAGUCCUCAGGAAACUCGGCCCUCUUCCCCAGCGGCCUUACCAAUUGCAGGCGAGAAGGUUUUGAGAGAGAGAACCUCUGUGAGUAAUGGAGAAACUAUCACCAGCCUACCUAUCAGUAUUCCUCUCAGCACAGUGCAGCCCAAUAAACUCCCUGUUAGUAUCCCUCUGGCCAGCGUAGUCCUACCUAGCCGUGUUGAGAAGGUGAGAAGCACACCUAGCCCAGUUCAUCAGAAUAGAGACUCAUCGACACUUGAAAAGCAGAUUGGUGCUAGUUCUCAUAAUGGCGUAAGCAAUGCUGCUGGAAACAAGCCACUGGCUUUGGCUACCUCAGGUUUUUCUUACUCUUCUGGCUCCGUGGCAGUCAAUGGAACUCUUUCAAACAGCCCAGCCCAUCUUAACCAUAGUGUUGAUCAGGCAGCUCUGGACGACUCUGGGAGUCUGUUUAACUCAGUAGGGUCUCGGAGUUCCACUCCACAACAUCCUUUGCUAAUGAUGCAGUCAAGGAACUCUGGGCAAAACUCCCCUGCUCACCAGCACUCAACAAGCCCCAGGUUAAAUGGCACCUCCCAGAGCCUGGUAGGGGUAUUGCAAUAUGCAGAUGCUCAGAAGAUGUUUGCCGAAGGAACAAAGGGGGAUCUUCAGUCUGAUGCAGCGUAUUCAGAUCCUGAGAAUGAGACCAAGAGAAGAAUCAUCUUUACAAUCUCUCCUAAUACAGGACAUGUAAAACAAUCCCCUUCCAACAAGCACAGUCCUCUGCCCCCGAGCACUUGGCUGGACUGUGGCCAAGCACAUGUGCAGGAUGGGAAGAAGCGAGGUCGGCGGAAGAGAUCAUCUACUGGGAAUCUCAGCGGGAACUCCGGGGUCUCCCCUAAACGCAAAUCCUUACCUACUGUUGCAGGACUCUUUACACAACCAUCAGGUUCACCGCUCAAUAUUAAUUCCAUGGUCAAUAACAUUAACCAGCCUUUAGAAAUAACAGCCAUUUCCUCUCCUGAAAACUCCCUGAAGAACUCUCCUGUUCCUUACCAGGACAAUGACCAGCCCCCGGUAUUGAAAAAGGAAAAGCCACUCAUUCAGACCAAUGGCGUUCACUACUCCCCUCUAACAUCAGAUGAAGAGCAGGGAUCUGAAGAUGAGCACAAUAGCACCAGAAUUGAGAGGAAAAUUGCAACAAUAUCAUUGGAGAGCAAAUCUCCACAGAAGACUGUUGAAAAUGGGGGCAGUUUACCUGGGAGGAAACAAGCACAAACCAAUGAGAACAUGAAUAGCAGUAAAUGGAAGUCUACUUUUUCACCGAUAUCUGACAUCAACCUGACCAAAACUACAGAUAGUCCCUUGCAGUCUGUUUCAUCUCUGAGCCAGAAUUCGCUGUUUGCCUUUAGGCCGUCCUCUGAGGAUAGCCUAGCCAUUGACUCCAAGAUCACAGCACAUGCGAGGAAAAGCAUUGCCAUGCCCUCCUCUGGGGCAGAUGGGCUCAGCCCCAGUACAAACUCCACUAAUGGAUUCACGUACAAUGGUGGACUGUCAGCAGACAUUGGUUUACACAGCUUUAUUGAUGGUGCUUCUCUUCCGCAUAAAACUUCAGAUGUGACAGCUUCCAACUGCUCCCUGGGUUUUCAGUCACAGCGAAGCAAAGAUGUGGGGGUAUCGGAAACAAACCCUUUUUUGAACAAGAGGCAACUUGAAGGCCUCAGCAGCACGAAAGGAGAAGACUUAAAUCGGUCAGGGGUCAAAAACAAAGAGAUCAGCGAAAUAAGCAUUCGUACUGGGGGUUCUUCAGAAAAAAACUCCUUGCAGCAUAACGGAAAGGUCGGCAAAGGAAGGGACCGAGAUGUGGAGUUUAAAAAUGGCCACAACCUUUUCAUUUCUGCUGCUGUUUCAUCUGGUGGCCUUCUGAAUGGUAAAAGCCUUUCUCCUGCUGUUUCUUCAGCAGGCAACCCAGCAUCUUCUGUUCAGCCGCAUCAUCCUUUCCUAAAUGCUUUGACCACUGGAUCACAGUUCCCCCUUGGCCCCAUGGCCUUGCAAGCAAACCUCAACUCGGUGACAAAUUCCUCCGUAUUGCAGUCCUUAUUUAAUUCAAUGCCAGCUGCUGCCAGUCUGGUCCACGUGUCGUCAGCUGCAACCAGACUGACUAAUUCUCACACUAUGGGGAACUUCUCUCCUGGGGUUACAGGUGGAACAGUUGGAGGUAACUAGGAUUUCUACCUCAACCCAAUGUGACCUAUGCAAGGACAACGUGGACCAACUUCACUCGGCUUCCACUGAAAGGUGCUCACCUGGCCUGUGCAGGGGUUUCUACUCUUACUACUGGACAAAACAAAAACACAAAAAGACCUAAACAACAGAGAAAACAUUUACUGUGAAUCGGAGUAAAACAGAAAAAAAAAGGCAAAAGAAAUGCUUAAAGCUCCAGUUUGUAUUGUUGAUAGUUUAGAUAAAGUAUUUAUCUUUUUAUAAAGUGAAAACAAUUUUGACUUAUUUUAUUCCACCUAGAGUCAUAAAUACAGCUUAUUAUUAAAUUCUCUGAAUAAUAAAGGACUGGCACACCAGCAGAGAUAUAAAGAGCCUCCUCUUGGUGCUAUUUCAUCCGUCAGAACUGUGCCUCUAGUUUGAACCCUUGGUGCUGAAAUUGGAGGGUUGACCAAUGCCAAACCCAGUUCUCAGAAAGGUCUGCAUUUUAUUUAUUCAGCUUACUCUGUUCAUAUACCAAAAUCCACUUGGUUUGCAGCAGUGUGAACUAUAGGGAACGAUAGUCUUUUGAUUUAAUGUUUUAAUUUGAACUGAGCCAGGCGCUCUGUUAACUGGGUGGUUUUUAAUUGUGUUCAUUACAAACAAGAACUCAAUACUCCCCUCUGGAAUGGCAGCUACAUUACCUGGCUUGACCCAGGGAAGCUCAGCCAAUUCAGGCACAGUUUGAACAGAAGAAAUUCAAGUCCUGCCCCGUUCGAACUACUUCACUGGCCAUUUGGAGUUGCUGGUGGCACUCAAGUCACUGUGAAUUUUGGUAGCUAGUCUGGUAACUUUGUUUUGGGAUGUUAUUGGCAUAUGGACAGGGUGCAUAAUCACUGGUAUUGGUCAGGCCCUUUUUAACAACAUUAGGAAGACUGAAAAUCGUGCUUCUGUACUGGUGCAGGUAGCAUAUUUUCUCAGCUUGUUGUUUUUGUUCUAAGUACAAUGUAUUUUGUUAGUAGGGUUUUGAUACUUGAUUCAGAAAUGGCUUAGCCGUGUACAUUUAUUGACUAAGUGCAUUUUGCUUUUGUAUUUCUUUGCUUUAAGUAGGUCUAAAUGGUAGUUCACAAAAACACCACAAUCUAACUUAAUGUGCUGCCACACUAUCAAACUGGUGCACUUAAUUGUAUUGUGACUUCGUGUUCUGUGUACAGAAAGUGCCACUCUGAGCAGUGGCUGUAUUUUAUAGAGAUGUGAUGAAAAUUUAUAAAUUUCAUAUACUUUAUUUCAUUUAUUUUUAGAUUGUACAAUGCACAGUAAACUUGUAAAAACUUAUUUAUUCAAGUGCACAAAAUGCGGAGAAGGAUGAUCUAUUAUGUAGAAAUCACCUUGGUCCGUAGUUCAGACUGGACCAAGCACAAAUAAAGGAAAAUACAGUAAAAGAAGGGGAACUGCAACAGCAAAAUGACUAGAGUAAAAACACGUAGAGGCUUUGGGAAACAUCUGCCUGUUAGCCCAGGCACUCGGAGGGGCAGUAUUGAUCACUCUGCGUCAGAGGCACUCGCUGUCCUUAAAUCCGUUCUAGGUUGCUAGACUCCCUGAUGAGUCUCAGACCUCCAGCAAACAAGCAUCACCUUGGAUUUGAGCCCUGCCUUACCACGCACCUGAUGGAGUUUCCUGUGGUCACAAAAAGCUGGGCUUAAUGAAUUAGUUGUUUAAUUCCUGCCUUUGUAUUCAGAGUAGACAAGAUAAUUCCAGCCUCGUGUGCUCUCUCCUGCUGUCUUUUCUGGGUUUGGCAGGCAUGGUUGUGAAUGCAGUGCUGGUUGCAUUUAGAAGAGCGAUGGGGGAAGAGGUAUGUUAAGAACUCCUGCUCCCUACAGACUUCAGCAGGGCCCCUUUCUCGGCCCCUUUCUCUCACCUCUGGCAAUCUAGUAGAGAUUUAGAACAAAGUGCAGUUAUUUUUGUUGAUUCCUAAGAGUUUCUUCCAUAGGCAGUCUUUGUGUGCAGAAACAGUUGACCUAGCUUUGCCUCCUUAUUCAGUGGAAAGAGAAGGGGUUUACAUCCCUGGAAGUUAGGGACGUUUGGAGCUGUUUUCUGCUUUGCAUGUGGGAGAGGAGUUGACAGCGGUGCACCCUGCUGAGUGAUUAAUAGCAAGAUGAAACCCUGGAAAGGGGAAAGAUGCUUGGAGGGUGAUAGCUGAGAAACAUCCAGUAGCUUCUAGUAGAAGCCAUACCCAGUUUAUGUCCUGGAAUCCAGGAACGCAAUGUAAUCCAGAUAUUAUGCGGCUGGGAUUUGGGCAACUCCAGCUUGAUCCAGAUCCCUGGGUAACUGAAAGUUGCAGAGCUGCCUUAGCAUCCUUCCCAGUGAAAGGCAAAGUGCUCAGGUCUCUGGAAGACUUCAAAAUGAUAGGUUGUGCGUGAGCAAUUGCUGGAAGGCCUGUAGCCUUAAUUACAUUUGUCACCUAUUUUAUAUCCCUAAUGUGAGAGUAGGAGGAAAUAGAAGAAGCAGCUUUCAAUGACUGUUUUCACCUGAUCACUUUUCUGAAAGGGGACCAAGAUGCAGUGCUGCUUAGACCUCUUGGCCUCUCUUCUUCUCAAACCACUAAAGACAUCGAGCAAGAGAGUUCAGUCGCUGUGACUGCUUCUGUGAGGGAGAUCUUGCCUGUGUUCACCUCGCAAGAUACCAAGAGGAAGGAUGCUACUUUUUGUGGAGAAGGGGAAUUUGGAGAAGUCUAAUUCACCUAGUGUACUUUCUAACCUUUAAAUAUUCUACCUGAUGCAUAUAUCAUCCAGCUGACUCUUAGUGCUUCUUUUCAGCUGAAGAGGGUGAGCACAUCCUCCUUGUGUGGCAUGACUUGCUUUGCCCCUGAGGCUCACAGCUUUUCAAAGGUCGAUGUCUCCAGAGAAAUCGGAAUUGACAGAGCCUUCUGAGCAAAGGCCCUAGGCAAGGAACUUUAAGAUUUGACUCCCAGUGCAUAUUCUCCUUGUGGAAAUGCAAAAUGCCUCUUUCCCUCAGUGUCGUCUGCAGGAAAGGGUUGCUCUUUGCUCUGUGUGCAAGGUUGGAGGUGCUGACUGCUUUGGCAAGGUGAUGGUCUGUCAGUGGUGUCUGUGCAGGACUCUUCACAAGCAGUCUUCUGACACCUGUAAUGUAAGGAAGCCUGCUGGCUCUAGCUAGACAGACAUGCACUAACUAGGUAUUUUUAGCUAACUAGCAUUUGAGACUCAGCUCUCCAGUCAUCAUCAUCUGGGAAAACCAAAGGAAACCGGCUGAGCAUAACUCUAUGUGGUGCAGACCCAGGAACAAAAGCAUGGUCAGGGAAGUGCUCGAAAGGGAUUCUGUCUGUUGGCAGCCCAGAAUAUUGGACAUCUGCUUUAACCUCCUGUGAUCUGUGGAGGCUAGGCCUUCAUCUACCUCUUGAUCACCUUAGUACUGUAAUUUUCAGUGACCUGAAAUUUGCAGUCGCAGUAGCCUGCACUGCAGCCUUCCAGAGCUGCUCUGCCUGUGCCAGUGGCUUCCACCCAUGCCAGGUGCCGUUGGCACAUUCAGCUUUUCGUGUCCUUUUGUAAAUGCAUUUUGCUUGUGUGGAAGUCUUUGGCUAAAUCUUCCUAGGAACCUCACCUGAGGUCAGCUUCCAGGAGUCUGAUAAGCUAAUGCUUGUAGUAAGGACCGUGAUAUGGGAAGCCAGGCUCUGGGAUCCUGUGUGCCUAUGGUCAGGAAUACCCCUACCUUGCCUAGUGCUACAUCUCUUUGGAAACCUGGUGCUUCUAUGUGAAGAUUUUGGAUUGGUGUCUUAAUACUGCUUCAGUUGGGUUAAGUCACUGAGGUUGCUGAGGGAUUUAAGAGUCUUCCUCUUCUCCGCUCCAUGCAUCCUUUGCCUGUUAGCCAUAAUCUUGGGCAAGUUCAGUUUGUUUCGAAUCUGAGCCCUGCUGUCUGCAAUAUGGGGAGGAGACUUGUCUGUCUUAAGGAUUGCUGAAGGAAUAGCUCUUGGAGGUAUUAGGAGAUGAAUAAUAAAAGCUCCAAUCCAUAUGACCACAAGAAUAAAACCUUUGCGACCUUAAUGUCUGAGUGCGGUGCCAGAGAUCUGAAACCUGUUUUCAAUAAUUGGAGAUGCUUUUGAGCAAUCAAAGCCAAAGUGAGUUUCAGAACGAAUUCUUUCUGUGUUACGGCUUCCUGCCCUGAGUCCAGUCACUUCAUGGCUGUCACAAAUGUUCCUUUUCAUCCAUGUUGCUGCUGCCAGCAAGGGACUCAUCAGGAAGUUAAAAUAUAUCUUGUAGCGUGUAUGUUGCCAAAAAAAAAAAAAAAAAGAACUUCCUAAAUGUUGUGCUGAGCUAAACCUGUGCCCUGCUGCUAAAUGUCAGGCUUAGGGAACAAGCGUUGCACUCUCUUCCUUUUUUGGUGAUUUGCUACCUCUGGCUUUCCUUCGCCGUUUCCAGUCCACUGAGACCCACUGUGCUCUGAAGCUGUGAUGUGCUGGGAGUGCUCCAAAAGCAUGGAGCUUAAACUUGCUGUUUGCUGUAGAUUAGUCAUUCAGCAACAAUUCUUCCGUUAGCCAAGGGAGUGUGGGGCACUCCGAAGUGAGAUUGCUUUGCUCUGUGUAGCUGAGGGAGAAAGUGAAGAGAGAUUGCUAGAGGGUAUAGAUUUGGGUUGCUACUGAAACCUCGGUGGUUUGCAAGGUCUUUGGGAAGUCAGAUGGCACCUGCAUUACCUGUUGUUUUGGUGCAAACAAGACAGUUUUCUUGGGGAAAGGUGCAAAUGAUUCUGUGGACAAUCACUAGUGGUAGGAAGCAGCUUGGCUCCUCUUAGUUCAGGUUGCGGAUGCAGUGAGAGAGGUGAAAGGAAAGUGGCUUGUGAGGAAACUGCCAGCAACGGGGAGUACAGAGCAUCCUAGGUGUACUUUAGAUACGGAUUUUAGAGUGCAGUUUCCUGCUGGUGUCUUCUGUAAACAGCGGGAACUACUGCUUCCUUGGCGAGGCAAACUAGAAGUCUUUUCUGAUGCUUCCAUCUUCCUUCCUUAUGGGGCUAGCUGCUUUCUCUUGUAGCACACAGUUUGUUCUCACCCUGCCAUCCUGUGAGGUUAGAAUAGUCUCUGGGUUUGGGCUUAGUCUGGGUUUUCUAUCUGUGCUAAGACUUGCUGUAGGCAUGGGCAUGGCAGGGGAGAUGAGCUUACCGGGUCUCAAUAUGCAACUGCACUGUCACCUGGAGUCCCACGCGUGGGGAAACCCGAGGGAUGACUCUGUCCUGAAGAGACGCUGCUAGUCCUUGGUUCUGUGGAUAACCCCCAUGCCUUGUCACUCUUCAGCCUGACAUCUGCACAACUAUUUUUCACGCUUGUUGUGCAAUCGCAAGUCAAAAUGUUUUUAUUAGCUUUUUAAAUUCUUUUUAAUCAAAUUGAAUAUGUGGGCAACUAACUUCUUCGUUUGAAAUCUGCUGAGCAGAUGGGUUUCAGGCUUGCUUUAAGCUCUUCCCUUGCAUCUCCGACUCAACCGUUUCAAAAUCAAGCAUUGCUUCCAUAUUGCUUGACCGCGGUGGCUGUUCUGUGUUGACAGCGUGGUCAGCUCUGCGGCUAGAUGUGUAAUUGUGUGCCUUUACCCUGCUUGUGGGCGCGAGUUUUCUUUUGAGAAGUAUUUGCUGUUACUAGAGUGCAAUAACAUUUUGUCAGUACUGCAGAAAUCUGAACAGACGUAUCGGGGAUCAUCGCUUUGCCUCAGAAAGUAGAAGGGCGUGAGUGGGAAGGAAACGAAUGUAACCCAGAUCUGCCUAGCUUGCUUUUAUUUUGGCAGUCGUGCAUAUUGAAAGCAGCGGAGACUAGAAUGGGAAGCGUUGGCAAGGCAGGCGCUGCGCGGACCUGCAGCUUGGCCUCCCCUCUGGGGCCUCUGUGGUUUGAUUCUUGCUCAGAUUGUGUAUUCAGAAAGCAGCACCUGCUCCCACCACCUGUUGUUCUUUUUUUUUUUUUUUUUUUUUUUUUCUUUUUUCCCCCACUGGGAAGAGAAUCUGAGCAUAGGAAAAGCUGAACGAUUGCAGGAGAGAGCAUCACCUGGUGCAGAGCUGGUAUCUGCAGCUGGGUAGACUUAGCUCUUGCUCAAGUGAUUAGUUUUUUGUGAGUCACUGUGAGCAAUUUGAAGGCCAGCUUGUGCUUUCAUCUUCUCUGGGUUUAUGUGGAGGGCCCAGCUCUUUGCGACUUCUGUGGAUACGUAACUAGCUCACAGGGCCCUUGGGAGCUGUGCCUGUGUAGUACUCCUGCAGAAGGGAGUCACUGGGGCAGGUUGUAGCAUUGAUCCCAACAUGUGGUGCAGCUGGCGGGCAGGAGGAUGGCUCUGCAGAACAAGCCAAGUCUUGCAAACAGUUAUUGAACCGGUGGGCAGUGCCACUCCGUGCAGAAGGUUUGCAGGAUUGGAUCCUUAAAUUAUUAAGGCUUUAACAGUCUGCAGUUGCCUUCUCCAGGCGAGGUUUUGCUGCGUUGCUGGAAGAGGAGACUCCUAAUGCUUGGAGUUUGUCUUCAAGCUGUCGAUGAGACUCUUGAUGAGACUCCCGUCCUGGCUCAGGCGCAGAACGGCAUUUCCCCGUGGCCGUUCUUCCCCAGCCAGGUCCGGAGCUGGUGCUAUUUUAUCUCCUAGCACUGCUUACACAACAUGCCUGUCGCUGACCCGGGGGACCCUUAUCGUGUUGUAGACUGCUAACGUCAAUCCCAGGUGCUGCAGCUCAUGGAAGAGCUGUUUAGUAGGACACGGUAACUUGUCCUAGUGCUAAUGUGAGGCUGAGAAGGGUCCUACGUGUAGUCCAUUUGCUUUCUGCAUUGAAAUCAAACCUUUGAAUACAGGGUAUGGAAACCUGAAGAUUAUUGACUUUUUUUUUUUUUUGAGGGAAUUCUUCCAACCAGUACAGGUGGUCUUCAAAAACUCUGCUUUUAUUAUUUUGCCUGAGCCAAAAACAUUUAAGAGGACUGGGAGAACCCCAAAUGAUGGUUUCUUCAAUUAAGGAAGUGAUGCAGUGGACUGCAAACCAACAUUAACGUAUCUUAAAAUCACAAUUUGGGGAGAAGAAACUAGACAGUGUUUUUGUGAACUAUCUUUGCAGCACUGAGGAAAGAUCACAAUAAUUGGAUUUCUUUUUUGAAGCACAGAUGUACAGUCAGUGUACGAAUAUUUUGAAGUUUUAUGGCUAACCGUUCAAGAUUUCCCUUUCCUUUCCUCCAGCAUUUCCAUAGCUUGCAUAUCAGAUUUUCACUAAAAGUUGGAUUACCAGUUUUUAAAACUUCGUUGUGCCAUAUUUUAUUUAUCCUUUUGCAUUAUAAAUAUAUAAAUACCUAUUUAGACUGAAUGAUGCUAUUAUUGUGAACUUCAGGGUUUAAAACCAAGGGAAAAAAAUGAAAAUACUCCUACAGUUUACUUAAUGCUUGCGACCCUCUUUCUGAAGAGGCUUUGGGAGGUUUUUUAUAGUUUGAAAAAUCAGUUUUUAAAACAAUUUUAAAAUGCUAACCCUGAAGUUCUCAAGUUUGUGAUCCUUUGGUGGUGGUGGUGAUUUUUUUUAAGGUACAUCUGACUGCCUUUUCUGGUGCAGUCAAAACAUCCUUUAGAAAGGUCGUGUUUCUGGAGUUAAUGAGAAGAAGAUAGAAUGGGUUGAUCCAUCCUGCUUGGCUUUUUUUUUUUUUUUUUUUUAACUUAUUAAUCUUUUAAGCAAUCAAUUUCAAAUUAAAAACCAACUCUUUAGGUCUCUGUUCUAAUUAAACUUUUUAGGAGUGGGAGCCUGCCCUCGCUGAGUGGGACUUUGAUGGGGAAAGCAGUAGAUUAUGAGGUUGCUGUUGCUCAGGAAUUAAUUAGUAAACUUUUAACUACUAAUAAAAAUCCAUUUUUCAAUGGAUUUUAAAAAUACCCAUUUUCUUAGAACAGUGAUAUGGGAUGUUUCCUAGUGAAUAGGAAUUAGUUUAUAUAAUUUAGCCUAUUAAACUGAAUUAUUUAAAAUUCAAACUUCCCCUAAUUUAUCUUUUUUUUUGUUUGUUUGGGUUUUUUUUUUUUUUAUACCGGUAAGUUGUCCUGUCAUUCCUUUCAUUCCUCCAUAGAAGUAGCGUGAAUUCUUCUGGUGUGUAUAUAUGUAUGUAUAAUAUAUAUAUUUCCACCCUGCCUUUCUAAUUCUCCACAAUGUAAGAGUUAGUUUUUUCUCCCCUUCCUUCACUUUAAUUUCUUGUGUCUUUACCUUGAUUUGUAAUUGAAACGAUGCUUUGAAGUUUUGUCUUUAUAUUAAAGUGUAUGUAUUUUAAUA